AUGCCCGAGCAGAGUAACGAUUACAGGGUGGUUGUGUUUGGGGCGGGGGGUGUGGGGAAGAGCAGUCUGGUGUUGCGUUUCGUCAAGGGCACAUUCCGAGACACCUACAUCCCCACGGUGGAGGACACCUAUCGGCAGGUGAUCAGCUGCGACAAGAGCGUGUGCACGCUGGAGAUCACGGACACCACCGGCAGCCACCAGUUUCCCGCCAUGCAGCGCCUCUCCAUCUCCAAGGGCCACGCCUUCAUCCUGGUCUACUCCAUCACCAGCCGCCAGUCCCUGGAGGAGCUCAAGCCUAUCUACCAGCAGGUGCUGGCCAUCAAGGGCAACGUGGAGAACAUCCCCAUCAUGCUGGUGGGGAACAAGAGCGACGAGAGUCAGAGAGAGGUGGAGACGAAAGAGGGCGAAGCUCAGGCCAGUAAGUGGAAAUGUGCCUUCAUGGAGACAUCCGCCAAGACCAACACCAACGUCACAGAGCUGUUCCAGGAGCUGCUCAACCUUGAAAAGAGACGGGACAUGAGCCUAAACAUUGACGGCAAGCGGUCGGGGAAGCAGAGGCGGGCCGACAAGCUGAAGGCCAAGUGCAGUGUGAUGUAG